AUGGCCGAGGUGGAAGAAAACCACUCGACACUGGUGAAUCCCAGGAGGGCCGAGUCCCCUCAUUCGACGCCGUCGCCCCCGGUCCACAGUCCACACUCGUCGUCGCCCAACACCACGAUGACGACACCGGACCAGUCGCCCGGGAACGACGAUGAUAUCUGGGACACGUCGUCGGACCAUGAACACGCCCCGCACGCGGCGGCGACGGCGGCGGCACUGACAGGCGGGGCGUCGGAUUUCCCGGCCCAGUCGUCAACAGACACGUCCAGCCACGGACAAGGAGGGGCGGCGAGGAUCAGGCGAGAAGUCAUCCUGAGCGAUGUCCCCUCGCUGCGUCGUCAGCACAUGACGGACGGAUACCGCGAGGGCCUCUCGGUGGGAAAGGCGCGGGUCAUGCAGAGUGGUUUCGACGCGGGAUACCCCUUGGGGGUGGAGGUCGGACUACGCGUGGGCAAAGUGCUGGGGGUUCUGGAGGGCGUCGUCUCAGCCCUGACCACCAAGCCGGCGCGGUCGAGUGGUAAACCGGUCGGCGAAGCGGGGUUGGGUUCUUCUACAGCGACAGGUUCAAACACCUCGCUACCAGGUAUUGAAGGGCCGCAACACGGCGUCGUCGAUCGAGAAGACGAGCCCCACGGUCUCAACACUUCUCGUCCCGCCCCAGGGGAUGACGACGACCUGACUUUUGUCCGAAACCUGUAUACUCGGGCCCAAAGGGAGCUGAAGAUUUCAGAACUGCUAAAGGGCCUGGACGAUGAGAAGAUUGCCUCGAUUCCGGAUGCCGCCAUCAAUAGUACCAGUGGCGGUGACGGUGACGGCGGAGGAGGCAUGGAGCACAAGCAAGCUGAGAGAGCAGCACCACCACCACCACCACCAUUGCCCACGGAGAUCGAGGCUGUCCUGGUAAAAUGGGAACGAACUGUGCUGGGCGCGCUGAGAAAGAAUGAUUGA